AUGGCUCCUCCCCGCCGCAAUGGCUACGCAGCCAAUUACGAUCUCAAGUCUCGCAAGCCAGUUGUUCUUCAAGAGAAUGUCACUGCUGUCACCUUGCUCCCUUCGAAGAGUGCAAGAGUGGAACUUCCUAGACAGACCCCUAGAGACCCACGCUACAGUGAGUCGGAUGAAGACCUUGACUACAAGGGAUACGACCCCAACGCGAAGGCCACCAAGAAGCGUUACUUGCAUAAUUUUAAUGCUCCUGCUGCCAAUGGAUACGACCCACAGAAUCAAAACAACUACUUCUUUGGCAGCAGUGAUGGCACCCCGACCGUUGUUAAAGCCUGGGAUGACGGUGAUACCACUUCAUCAAACUCCAUUAAAAACAUGCCCGCUGCCAAUGGUCCCAAUGAUCAUUGCGUCUCGAAGAGUCACCAUCCCAUCCCCAACCCCGGCAUGCUUGCAGCCCAGGAAGCAGCAAAGCAAAGGAUCAACAACCCAGCCAUUGGUGAGAAAGAAGGAACCAGUGCUAUCGCUCCCCAGAUGCACAGGAAUCUCAACACCUACAACGUAGCGAACGCACGAAUCCCAGCUGGUGGUAGGGUCACUCCUUAUGGUUCUCGUCCAGUUCCCCCGGCGGUCCGUCCUACUCGGAAAGUGUCAAGAGAGUUCGCCGCCAAUAGUAGUGGGGGCAUGGAUGGUUAUCCAGAACAUGUGAAAGCAAUCCUCAGUGCAAAUAUGAAGAAAUUCGAGAGGGAAAGAAGAGGCGGGUCUGAAGUAGUCGAAAUCAUGCCUCCCCAUUUGAUGAGUCUGCCUGUAAUCACCCCUGAACAGUUUUCCCUUGGAUUGAAGGCCCUCGGAGACCCCGAAGAAGAGCUUCCCAAAAUGCAGGCUGAGAUCCCUUCGUCUAUGCCUACCUUGAACGCAUACGACAAUGGUCUAUCCAGUAACGGAGGUAACCGUAGUGUUCAUUCGCCAUAUACGCCUCCUGGAACACCCCUCUUCGUGAAUAGAACUUCUUAUUACCAACCCAAUGUGGCUUGCAGUGGGUCUGUUGCAUCCUCUGUAAUGUAUGGUUACCUUCCAGGUUACGAGGCUCCACCGUCCUCCGAAAUUAGUUCAGGCGAUUCAGUUCGAUCUGUGUCAGUCCAAUCAUCUGCCUAUGGUAGCAACAUCAUUCAAUACGCCCCUCCCACCUCCGAGGCCAGCUCAAGACACUCAGCUUUUUCCGAAUCUCGAGUAUCGUCGCUGCAUGCUGCCACAUUCCAGGAUUACAGGUCUGAGGCCAGCUCAAGGCAUUCAGCCAGAAUCAAUCACUAUAGAGAGCGCUCUAGGUCACCUUCCAGGAGUGUUUAUUCCCGCGCUUUCUCCGGUCGUAGCCCUUCGACGUCCCCUGUCAGGAGCCAUUCCUCCCGCAGUUCUUCACUCCACUCGGCUUUCAGGUCCCCUGUGAGGGGCUAUGCUGCUUACAGUUCCCCAAUCCACUCUCCUUCGAGCAGCUCCCCUGUUAGGAGUCAUGGGUCUGGUGUAUCGUCAGCCCACCACGCAGUUAGUCGCCGCUCCCUCUCGCCGGAUGUACUUUCUUUCCAGGCACGACACCGUUAUCGUACACGUUCCCAUUCAAAUGCUGCCCUUGCUGCUGCCCUUGCUGCCGAUCCUAGGGAGCUAGCUGCUCGUAGCUUGACUAGUAACGACACAGAGCUCGCACUUGGGAAUGAUCUGGGGGAUAGUGACAGUGAUGGUGAGAUUGAGCUCGAGUGCUAUGAACAGUCUCCUCAGGCCGACGGUUUGUUUGGCCGCCAUGAGGGACGUGUGAGGCUUUAG